AUGCCGUCACACAACCGUCACACGUCCGUCACGUGUCCGUCAUGCGUCCGUUAUGCGUCUGUCAUGCGUCCGUUAGCGUCCGUCACACGUCCAUCAUACGUCCGUCACACGUCUGUCACACGUCCGUCACACGUCUGUCACACGUCUAUCACACGUCUGUCACACGUCUGUCACAUGUCCGUGAUACGUCCGUCAUACGUCCGUCAUACGUGCGUCAUACGUGCGUCACACGUCUGUCUGUCAUACGACCGUCACACGUCCGUCACACGUCUGUCACACGUCCGUCAUGCGUCCGUCACGCGUCCGUCAUACGUCCGUCACACGUCCGUCCGUCAUACGUCCGUCCAUCAUACGUCCGUCACAUGUCCGUCACACGUCCGUCACACGUCUGUCACACGUCUAUCACACAUCUGUCACACGUCGGUCAUACGUCCGUCCGUCACACGUCCGUCAUACAUCCGUCACAGGUCCGUAACACGUCUGUCACACGUCUGUCAUACAUCCGUCCGUCACACGUCCGUCACACGUCUGUCACACGUCUGUCACACGUCUGUCACACGUCUGUCAUACGUCCGUCCGUCACACGUCCGUCACAAAAACGUCAUACGUCCGUCACACGUCCGUCAAGCGUCCGUCACGCGUCCGUUAUGCGUCCGUCAUGCGUCCGUUAGCGUCCGUCACACGUCCGUCACACGUCUGUCACACGUCUGUCAUACAUCCGUCCGUCACACGUCCGUCACGCGUCCGUUAGCGUCCGUCAUGCAUCCGUUAGCGUCCAUCACACGUCCAUCAUACGUCCGUCACACGUCCGUCCGUCAUACGUCCGUCACACGUCCGUCACACGUCUGUCACACGUCUGUCACAUGUCCGUCAUACGUCCGUCAUACGUCCGUCAUACGUCCAUCAUACGUCCGUCACACGUCUGUCUGUCAUACGUCCGUCAUACGUCUGUCACACAUCUGUCAUGUGUCCGUCACGCGUCCGUCACGCGUCUGUCACGCAUCCGUCACGCGUCCGUCACACGUCUGUCACGCGUCCGUCACACGUCCAUCCGUCAUACGUCCGUCACACGUCUGUCAUACGUCCGUCACACGUCCGUCCGUCAUACGUCCGUCACACGUCCGUCAUACGUUGUCACACGUCCGUCAUACGUCGUCACACGUCCGUCACACAUCCAUCAUACGUCCGUCACACGUCCGUCAUAUGUCGUCACACGUCCGUCACACAUCCGUCAUACGUCCGUCCGUCACACGUCUGUCAUACGUCCGUCACACGUCCAUCAUACGUCGUCACAUGUCCGUCAUACGUCCGUCUCACGUCUGUCACACGUCCAUCACACGUCUGUCACACGUCCGUCACACGUCCGUCACACGUCCGUCAUACGUCCGUCACACGUCCGUCACACGUCUGUCACACGUCUCUCAUACAUCCGUCCGUCACACAUCCGUCACACGUCCUUCACACAAACAUCAUAUGCCGUCACACAACCGUCACACGUCCGUCACGUGUCUGUCAUGCGUCCGUUAUGCGUCUGUCAUGCGUCCGUUAGCGUCCGUCACACGUCCAUCAUACGUCCGUCACACGUCUGUCACACGUCCGUCACACGUCUGUCACACGUCUAUCACACGUCUGUCACACGUCUGUCACACGUCUGUCACACGUCGGUCAUACGUCCGUCCGUCACACGUCCGUCACACGUCCGUCACACGUCCGUCAUACGUCCGUCACACGUCCGUCACACGCCUGUCACACGUCUCUCAUACAUCCGUCCGUCACACAUCCGUCACACGUCCGUCACACAAACAUCAUAUGCCGUCACACGACCGUCACACGUCCGUCACGUGUCCGUCAUGCGUCCGUUAUGCGUCUGUCAUGCGUCCGUUAGCGUCCGUCACACGUCCAUCAUACGUCCGUCACACGUCUGUCACACGUCCGUCACACGUCGGUCACACGUCUAUCACACGUCUGUCACAUGUCCGUGAUACGUCCGUCAUACGUCCGUCAUACGUGCGUCAUACGUGCGUCACACGUCUGUCUGUCAUACGACCAUCACACGUCCGUCACACGUCUGUCACACGUCCGUCAUGCGUCCGUCACGCGUCCGUCAUACGUCCGUCACACGUCCGUCCGUCAUACGUCCGUCCAUCAUACGUCCGUCACAUGUCCGCCACACGUCCGUCACACGUCUGUCACACGUCUUUCACACAUCUGUCACACGUCGGUCAUACGUCCGUCCGUCACACGUCCGUCACACGUCCGUCAUACAUCCGUCACAGGUCCGUAACACGUCUGUCACACGUCUGUCAUACAUCCGUCCGUCACACGUCCGUCACACGUCUGUCACACGUCUGUCAUACGUCCGUCCGUCACACGUCCGUCACAAAAACGUCAUACGUCCGUCACACGUCCGUCACGCGUCCGUUAUGCGUCCGUCAUGCGUCCGUUAGCGUCCGUCACACGUCCGUCACACGUCCGUCACACGUCCGUCACACGUCCGUCACACGUCUGUCACACGUCUGUCAUACAUCCGUCCGUCACACGUCCGUCACGCGUCCGUCACACGUCCGUCACGUGUCCGUCAUGCGUCCGUUAUGCGUCUGUCAUGCGUCCGUUAGCGUCCGUCACACGUCCAUCAUACGUCCGUCACACGUCUGUCACACGUCCGUCACACGUCGGUCACACGUCUAUCACACGUCUGUCACAUGUCCGUGA